AUGAACCGUCAUGAUGAGUCCACGUUUCGUAGUGAUGAGGUCGAUCUGCGUAGAUGGGCGAUUGACGCUUCAGCACCAUUUUUUAGUAAGGGUCGUGAUAUAAAUGAAUGGACUCAAGCGAUUCAACAAUAUCCAAAUUUAUCAGAAGUGAGAUAUGAAAUAUCUGAAUCUUCUGAUAAAUAUGUAUUGUUGAAUAUGUACAUAUGUGUACAUGUAAUAUCUGAUAUUGCAUCUGAAAAAUAUUCGGCAUCUGCAUCAAUCAAUAUUGGAGAUGAUUUAUAUACGGACAACGAAUUAAUGCUCCAACAAUUUAAACAUUUAUUACAAUUAUUACAAUUCAAAUCUGAUUACAAAAAUCAUAUAAUUGAAGUAUUGAUAGACAAUGUAGGAACUCAUACAAGCAAAGAAUAUUCGAUUAACGAUUUUGGAAUGAAACUGACACCCGAUGUCCCGUACAAUCAAUUGAAUAUUUGGAUCAAACAAAUACACAACAAAAAAUUAAUUGUUAUUAUACAAAUGGUCCAGACAAAGGAAAAUCACAUGGAUUAUUUGGAAUUAAUAGUAUUAGGUUGCAAACUUCAACAAUUGAAAGAAUUGAUUAGUCAACAUCCAGCAUUUAAAAAUGUUACAAAAUUAGAAAAAUUAGGAAUGGAAUAUGGAAUCAAAGUAUUAUAUGGACCAAAAUAUCAUUGUGAACUUAAUCCGAUCGAGAGGUACUGGUGUCAUAUGAAGCAAGUUGUUAGAAAACACAAUGAUCAAACAUUUAACAAAAUGGUAUUAUUGAUUAAUUAUGCAAGACAAAAUUUUAAAGAUCGUCAAAUUUAUCUUAAAUUAUGCCGAAGAUUUUGGAGAACGUUAAUGGCUUACAAUGGUGGCAAAGAUUAUAAAGAAGUGUUGCAAAUGUUCUGUUCAAGUUUAUGUAAGACAAGAUUAUUUCUCAUCAAAAAAUUGUGA